AUGCAAACCGACCCGGCACCAAAGGGUCGGUCCCAACCCUUCCAACGAACUCCACCUUCUGAUGCCACUCCUCCUCGCCAACAAGUGAUCCUGUCUGACGCCGUCCAUGUCAUCGCCAGCACCCCAACCGGAACACAGGAAGCCAGUGCUCCAACUGACGCCGUCGCAGAAGCCAGCAAACCGUGUGGCGUCGGUUCGUCCGAGUUCAAUCAAGUCCAGACCGCCUACAAUGCCUUCCAUCAGUUUGCUUCCGGUAUUUGGGGCGAGAUCACUUCCACGGUCGUCCUCCUGCCCUUUGCUGACGGUCGCUUUACCCGACAACAACUGUGGAUCCGGAACUUGAAGGAGUUUGACGAAAAGGCCAAGGAUUGGGCCCACCUGAAGAUCUACCUCGACCCCAACUUCGGCAACCCGUACAUCCUCAACAAACCUGGGAAGACUGGGUCGAAGACCUACAAGACUCGCAUGCGGUUCGGUAUGGACACUGCCCCUCCCAUCCUCAUGCAAGAACUUCGCUCUGUCUUGUCCAGUGAGCCUCGGGCGGGCGUCUUCCCGACCCCUAUCCAGGUUUCCGACAUGGUCCGUCUUGGCUUCCUCCCGUUGCUUCCCCAAGAAUUGGCGAUUGGUCCGUACUGCAAAGACUUGAUGCGUCUCUGCGACUUCCAGUACCCCAUUGGCCUCAUGCAAGAAUGGGUCAACAAUCCACGGUUCUUCUCUGCCAAAUUCACUGGGUCUUCGCGAGGCCUCCUGUGCUGGCAUGUCUUCGUCCCUAAAUCCUUCGCUCGCGAGGCCGACCUGAUCUUGGCCGCGAACUUGGACAUCCGUAAGCCCAGUUGUGCUCCCUUCCAAGCACCGACCCAUUACACCAGAGAUUGGCAGGCGGCGAAGGACGAAUUGGUCCUCGGCAAACAGUGCCCACAGCUCCAGUCCGUGAUCGAAGCCAUGCGGGAAAGGACUCGGGCGACGCGGGUUUUGACUGCCACCUACCGGAUUCCCAUCGAACUCCCGGGCAUGCUGACUUCUGCUGUCACUGAGAACUUUGGGAAGCUCACCCUCCUGCGAUUCCUUAUUGCCGUCAUUGUCACGGGCGCCCAGGCCAAGAAGGCGGAGGACGCCGAACCCAAGAAGCCCCCUGCCAAGGCCAUAGAGGUGCUGAGUGAUAGCGAGUCGUCCGGUGAUGACGAUGAUGAUGAUGGCCCCCCAACCUUUGAGUGGACCACAAUCAUCAAAAAGUCUUUGGUUGCCUCCACUCCAAAGCCUGUGGAGGAGACGAAAACCUCGCUCCUCACUGCACCCAAGUCUCCCGAGGACGACGAUGCCUGGAUCGACAAGCUAGCACAGAUGGACCUCACCAACGACAGUCCAAGCCCUCUGUUUGUCAUGAUCUUACCAGCCGAGGAAGAUGGAUGCUAUUUUGUGGUGGUUCGCCAGCGCUAUCUUCCUCUCGCAAUGAACGUGCUCGACAACCUGCCAUCCUUUCUUCAGUUUCACCUUGGCGAGUCGUCGUUCCCCAAUUUCAUCCGCGUCAUCAAGAACUGGUCGGCUACCAACCUUGCCUACCAGAAUCGCAAGCUUCACAUUGAAUGGGUCCCGUCGGAACUUCGCUCCCGCUGUAUUGACGAUCCUACCGACGAACAAGGUGAUCAAGUCCGUGACCCAAUGGACUUCCUUCUCUGCAUGGAAGACCCUGUAGAGAUUCUUGAGGGCACCCUCCACAUCGAUAAUCCUGACACCAUGCUUUCCAAGAGCCAACGCAAGCAAACCCCUCCUUCCAAAACCGCCAAGGAUGGCGCAGUGCAAGGACGACCGCUUGUCGCGUACACCAAGAAACUCAAGGUGUCCAAGUUUCACCGGCUCUACAAGAAGGCUUGGAGGCAGGAGGUUUUUGGGAACCAAGCAUUUAUCACCUGGUCCUCUCGCACCGCGGAACACUUUGGUCAGGCAAUAUCCAAAUGCCCCGGCUGGUGGGCUGAAGCCAGUACGGACCAAGCCGAUGCUCAUUCUUACAACAAGAUCGCUACGUUAAUCCUGUCUGGCUUGAAGGUGUACGACCCAUCACUUGGUGGUUCUAUGCCCCAGCUUCGGUCCAGCAUGCAUAAUCUGUUUUCUCAAGACGCCGACAAUGACAAAGCUUCCUGGUCUCUUCGCGAGUACUUUCUUUGCCUUGCGACACAGUGCCCCACGGUUGUGUUUGAUCUCGCUGCGGCCCAACACGUUAUUAAAACUGACGAAAAGUUGCCUCGCUUUUGGGAAUUCGCGCUCGUGUUCGACCCAACAUUAAUUGUUCAACGCGCCGAGCCGUUGACUUGGAUGUGGCUAGCGGCAUCCGAAUUCUUUGCUCAUCCUUGGACAGGCCCGGCCAUUCUUCCUCCCAUUGUGGAGGAAUUCGAGCGACUAGAAAGAGAGUCAAAAAUAUCCAAGGCUCAGUCCAAGUCUAAGAAGCGCCCUGCAUCUACUCCAGAGAACCCAAAAGGUGCGAAGGCCAACAAUUCGCGCCCGUCUCCCGCUGUCCCGAUGCAAACCGACCCGGCACCAAAGGGUCGGUCCCAACCCUUCCAACGAACUCCACCUUCUGAUGCCACUCCUCCUCGCCAACAAGUGAUCCUGUCUGACGCCGUCCAUGUCAUCGCCAGCACCCCAACCGGAACACAGGAAGCCAGUGCUCCAACUGACGCCGUCGCAGAAGCCAGCAAACCGUGUGGCGUCGGUUCGUCCGAGUUCAAUCAAGUCCAGACCGCCUACAAUGCCUUCCAUCAGUUUGCUUCCGGUAUUUGGGGCGAGAUCACUUCCACGGUCGUCCUCCUGCCCUUUGCUGACGGUCGCUUUACCCGACAACAACUGUGGAUCCGGAACUUGAAGGAGUUUGACGAAAAGGCCAAGGAUUGGGCCCACCUGAAGAUCUACCUCGACCCCAACUUCGGCAACCCGUACAUCCUCAACAAACCUGGGAAGACUGGGUCGAAGACCUACAAGACUCGCAUGCGGUUCGGUAUGGACACUGCCCCUCCCAUCCUCAUGCAAGAACUUCGCUCUGUCUUGUCCAGUGAGCCUCGGGCGGGCGUCUUCCCGACCCCUAUCCAGGUUUCCGACAUGGUCCGUCUUGGCUUCCUCCCGUUGCUUCCCCAAGAAUUGGCGAUUGGUCCGUACUGCAAAGACUUGAUGCGUCUCUGCGACUUCCAGUACCCCAUUGGCCUCAUGCAAGAAUGGGUCAACAAUCCACGGUUCUUCUCUGCCAAAUUCACUGGGUCUUCGCGAGGCCUCCUGUGCUGGCAUGUCUUCGUCCCUAAAUCCUUCGCUCGCGAGGCCGACCUGAUCUUGGCCGCGAACUUGGACAUCCGUAAGCCCAGUUGUGCUCCCUUCCAAGCACCGACCCAUUACACCAGAGAUUGGCAGGCGGCGAAGGACGAAUUGGUCCUCGGCAAACAGUGCCCACAGCUCCAGUCCGUGAUCGAAGCCAUGCGGGAAAGGACUCGGGCGACGCGGGUUUUGACUGCCACCUACCGGAUUCCCAUCGAACUCCCGGGCAUGCUGACUUCUGCUGUCACUGAGAACUUUGGGAAGCUCACCCUCCUGCGAUUCCUUAUUGCCGUCAUUGUCACGGGCGCCCAGGCCAAGAAGGCGGAGGACGCCGAACCCAAGAAGCCCCCUGCCAAGGCCAUAGAGGUGCUGAGUGAUAGCGAGUCGUCCGGUGAUGACGAUGAUGAUGAUGGCCCCCCAACCUUUGAGUGGACCACAAUCAUCAAAAAGUCUUUGGUUGCCUCCACUCCAAAGCCUGUGGAGGAGACGAAAACCUCGCUCCUCACUGCACCCAAGUCUCCCGAGGACGACGAUGCCUGGAUCGACAAGCUAGCACAGAUGGACCUCACCAACGACAGUCCAAGCCCUCUGUUUGUCAUGAUCUUACCAGCCGAGGAAGAUGGAUGCUAUUUUGUGGUGGUUCGCCAGCGCUAUCUUCCUCUCGCAAUGAACGUGCUCGACAACCUGCCAUCCUUUCUUCAGUUUCACCUUGGCGAGUCGUCGUUCCCCAAUUUCAUCCGCGUCAUCAAGAACUGGUCGGCUACCAACCUUGCCUACCAGAAUCGCAAGCUUCACAUUGAAUGGGUCCCGUCGGAACUUCGCUCCCGCUGUAUUGACGAUCCUACCGACGAACAAGGUGAUCAAGUCCGUGACCCAAUGGACUUCCUUCUCUGCAUGGAAGACCCUGUAGAGAUUCUUGAGGGCACCCUCCACAUCGAUAAUCCUGACACCAUGCUUUCCAAGAGCCAACGCAAGCAAACCCCUCCUUCCAAAACCGCCAAGGAUGGCGCAGUGCAAGGACGACCGCUUGUCGCGUACACCAAGAAACUCAAGGUGUCCAAGUUUCACCGGCUCUACAAGAAGGCUUGGAGGCAGGAGGUUUUUGGGAACCAAGCAUUUAUCACCUGGUCCUCUCGCACCGCGGAACACUUUGGUCAGGCAAUAUCCAAAUGCCCCGGCUGGUGGGCUGAAGCCAGUACGGACCAAGCCGAUGCUCAUUCUUACAACAAGAUCGCUACGUUAAUCCUGUCUGGCUUGAAGGUGUACGACCCAUCACUUGGUGGUUCUAUGCCCCAGCUUCGGUCCAGCAUGCAUAAUCUGUUUUCUCAAGACGCCGACAAUGACAAAGCUUCCUGGUCUCUUCGCGAGUACUUUCUUUGCCUUGCGACACAGUGCCCCACGGUUGUGUUUGAUCUCGCUGCGGCCCAACACGUUAUUAAAACUGACGAAAAGUUGCCUCGCUUUUGGGAAUUCGCGCUCGUGUUCGACCCAACAUUAAUUGUUCAACGCGCCGAGCCGUUGACUUGGAUGUGGCUAGCGGCAUCCGAAUUCUUUGCUCAUCCUUGGACAGGCCCGGCCAUUCUUCCUCCCAUUGUGGAGGAAUUCGAGCGACUAGAAAGAGAGUCAAAAAUAUCCAAGGCUCAGUCCAAGUCUAAGAAGCGCCCUGCAUCUACUCCAGAGAACCCAAAAGGUGCGAAGGCCAACAAUUCGCGCCCGUCUCCCGCUGUCCCGAUGCAAACCGACCCGGCACCAAAGGGUCGGUCCCAACCCUUCCAACGAACUCCACCUUCUGAUGCCACUCCUCCUCGCCAACAAGUGAUCCUGUCUGACGCCGUCCAUGUCAUCGCCAGCACCCCAACCGGAACACAGGAAGCCAGUGCUCCAACUGACGCCGUCGCAGAAGCCAGCAAACCGUGUGGCGUCGGUUCGUCCGAGUUCAAUCAAGUCCAGACCGCCUACAAUGCCUUCCAUCAGUUUGCUUCCGGUAUUUGGGGCGAGAUCACUUCCACGGUCGUCCUCCUGCCCUUUGCUGACGGUCGCUUUACCCGACAACAACUGUGGAUCCGGAACUUGAAGGAGUUUGACGAAAAGGCCAAGGAUUGGGCCCACCUGAAGAUCUACCUCGACCCCAACUUCGGCAACCCGUACAUCCUCAACAAACCUGGGAAGACUGGGUCGAAGACCUACAAGACUCGCAUGCGGUUCGGUAUGGACACUGCCCCUCCCAUCCUCAUGCAAGAACUUCGCUCUGUCUUGUCCAGUGAGCCUCGGGCGGGCGUCUUCCCGACCCCUAUCCAGGUUUCCGACAUGGUCCGUCUUGGCUUCCUCCCGUUGCUUCCCCAAGAAUUGGCGAUUGGUCCGUACUGCAAAGACUUGAUGCGUCUCUGCGACUUCCAGUACCCCAUUGGCCUCAUGCAAGAAUGGGUCAACAAUCCACGGUUCUUCUCUGCCAAAUUCACUGGGUCUUCGCGAGGCCUCCUGUGCUGGCAUGUCUUCGUCCCUAAAUCCUUCGCUCGCGAGGCCGACCUGAUCUUGGCCGCGAACUUGGACAUCCGUAAGCCCAGUUGUGCUCCCUUCCAAGCACCGACCCAUUACACCAGAGAUUGGCAGGCGGCGAAGGACGAAUUGGUCCUCGGCAAACAGUGCCCACAGCUCCAGUCCGUGAUCGAAGCCAUGCGGGAAAGGACUCGGGCGACGCGGGUUUUGACUGGGCGACGCGGGUUUUGA